UUUUCUUCACUGUUGCAUUAUAAAAACGAUAAUCUGCAAAAAUUCCCAGUUAUUCAGUCACAACCGCCAUACUUCUCCCAUAUCCCCAUUUUUAUAUAUAUCAGAUUCAUUCACCUAUCUAUAUAUUAUUUCAUUUUUUCUACAUCUAUAAUUUGCGAACUUGAACUUAUCCAGCAAGAAAAUCAAGUUAUUUCCUUUCACUGCAGAGGUAAAACUCUAUCUGUCUGAUUUCAAUACAGUAAAUAGUUCUAUUUUUUUCCUUUAUACAGAGAAACACCACCAACAAUACUCUUUAAAGAUUAUCCAAACACCCAACAGUUUCUACUAAAGAAAUACCUUGACUAAAUACGCCAAAAUCGAACCCCUUGCUCAAUUAUUUUUCUAAUUCAUUGCAAUUGAAAAGAAAUUGAAAGCAAUAAGAAGUAGAAAUUCCUUUUAAUUUGAGAAUUUAGGAGCUGAACAAGGGGGUAGACGAAGGGAAGAAAAGGAGAUUACGACGGCUGUUCAGUGGCGGUCGGCGACAAGUGGAGAAAGAUAGGAAUAGGGUGACGCCGUGGUUGGCCGCGGCGGAAAUCUCAGGGCGAGAGGGAGAGGGAGAGGGAGAAGAAGAGGAGAGGGAUUCUGAUAUUCUGUACGUAUUAUAGGAGAGAGGUUUGAGCUUUAAUUCCUUUAUUAGGCUAUGAUUUAUCAUUUUAUUUGUGUACUGCGUUCACCUUAAUUCCUAAUUUCAUGGCUUUUGUUAGGAAUUACCGCUAAUCCCAUAAAUGCGGUAUUAGUGAUUCUCUCCUCUUCCCUUGGUAUUAUGCAAUCCUAAUUUUAAGGAAUGAAUUUUAAUUUAUUUUUUUGACUAAACUAUUCCUAUUUAUUUAUUAUUAUGGAAAAUUAAACAUCAAAAAAACUUAGAUUAUACCAUGGACGGUAUAGAGUUCCUCAGAAAAAAGGAUUUGCUAUUGAGCCUGCAACGUUCCCUUCAGCAAAAGAAGAAGCGUAGAGUGAAAUUAUGGAAAAGAAGCAGAAGAAGUUCCUUACUGUGGCACCGUUUGAGUGUGCUUGGCACGACAACUUGAGGUUCAAGGAAGCAGGUAGGGGCUGUGUUGCGUUUGAUGCCUUCGCACACAAUGAUGUCACGGUCGUCUUCCGGGAAAAAACGGGCAGCCAGCAUUACCAUUACAAAAGGGAUAAUAGUCCGCAUUACACAGUGAUUAUAGGUAGCCACAGAAAUAAAAGGUUGAAUAUCGAGGUCGAUGGGAAGACAGUUGUGGAUGUCGCUGGUGUCGAUCUUUAUUGUUCAUCGGCGUUUCAGAGUUAUUGGAUCAGCAUUUACGAUGGCCUCAUAAGCAUUGGUAAAGGUAGGUACCCUUUCCAAAAUCUCGUCUUCCAGUGGUUGGAUUCGAACCCCAAUUGCAGCGUUCAGUAUGUCGGGCUUAGCAGUUGGGACAGGCAUGUAGGGUAUCGGAAUAUUAAUGUCAUGCCUCUUAAGCAGAACCAUAUAUCCUUAUGGAAGCAUGUGGAUUUUCGCGAAUAUGAUGGCACGGAAGAUGCCGAUGAGGAGUUGGAAGAGGACAUUGGCGAUUAUGAAAAUUGGGGGCUUGAAAAUUUUCUGGAGAGUUGGGAGCUAUCGGAUGUCUUCUUUAUAGUUGGGCAAGAGGAAAGGGCCGUUCCAGCGCAUAAGGUCAUAUUGGCUGCUUCAGGGAGUUUUAGUUUGAGUACGAGGGAAGAAGAUAUUAUCCAUCUCCAAGAUGUUUGCUAUGCUACACUCCACGCACUUCUUGAGUACAUCUACACGGGCAACACCAAGGUUCCGGAAUCAUGUCUCAGUUCUUUGAGAGCUCUGAGCUUACGGUUUGAAGUAAGUGCAUUGGCGAAGCAGUGUGAUGAAUUGACGGAGCGGUUCAAACUGAAUAAGAAGCUGUUUGACUCGGGAAAAAGCGUAGAAAUAUCAUAUCCACCAAUCUCCCGGCUCAAUUGCCCCGCGGUGUUUCUGAACAAAAUACCCGUUGAUAUCAAACGGCUCAAUAGCUUUCUGUUGACCAGUGAGUACAGCGAUGUAGAUAUCUAUGUUGAAGGCCAUGGUCUAGUCGCACAAUCACAUCGAAUCAUUCUUGGCUUGUGGAGCGCCCCUUUUACAAAGAUGUUCACAAAUGGAAUGAACGAAAGUGUUUCGUCGAAGAUUUGCUUGAAGGACAUCUGCUUCGAUGCAUUCAUGAUUAUGCUCCAAUUUAUGUACAGUGGAGAGAUCAACGGGUACGACACCAUGCACACUGACACUGACAUGUUGCUACUACAGCUUCUUUUGUUAGCAGAUCAGUUCGGGGUUUUGCUUCUUCAUCAGGAGUGUUGCAAAAGGCUUUUAGAGCACCUCUCCGAGGACUCAGUGUGCCAUGUCCUGCUAGUCAUUUCAUCCGUUCCUUCAUGUAAAGUUAUUGAAGAAACAUGUGAGAGGACAUUCUCGCUGCAUUUUGAUUAUUGUACAACCGCCAGCAUCGACUUUGUCAUGUUAGACGAAGCAACAUUCGGGAACAUUCUUCAGCAUCCGGAUUUGACCGUAACCUCCGAGGAACGAGUGCUGAAUGCAAUCUUACUUUGGUGUUGCGAAGCAGAUGAGUUGUUCGGCUGGGAGAGCGUAGAUGAGAUGCUGCUCAACUUAACACCUGAGCUCAUUUUUGGUGAGAGACUUAAUUUCCUAGAAGUGUUUCUAGAUUUCGUGCGCUUCCCUUUGCUUCCGUAUUCACUCCUUCAAAAGUUGGUGAGAAGUAACCUUAGCAUGCGCAUUCCUAGAUUCGGUGAACUGGUGAAAGAGGCCGUUACAUUUUUGGAGUUUGGAUCAUCUGGCCACGAUAAAGACCUGAUUAAAUUCCAGCACAGAAGAUCGAGUUUUAAGGAACUACAAUAUAUAUGCAACGGAGAUAGCAACGGGGUACUGUAUUUUGCUGGCACGUCAUAUGGAGAGCAUCGGUGGAUGAAUCCUGUUCUAUCAAAGAGAGUAACAAUCACCGCGAGCAGUCCACUUUCGAGAUUCACCGAUCCUAAGGUCUUGGUCUCGAGGAGUUACCAAGGAACAUCCUUCGCCGGCCCCCGGAUGGAAGACGGGAGAAACACCGCCUGGUGGAUGGUCGACCUCGGCCACAGCCAUCAGUUGAUGUGCAACCAUUACACACUGAGGCAGGAUGGUUCAAGGGCUUUCAUUAGGAACUGGAGUUUCCAGGGUUCCAUGGACGGGAGCAGUUGGACAAACUUGCGGGUGCACGAGAACGAUGAGACGAUGUGCAAGCCCGGUCAGUUUGCGUCCUGGCCCGUUUUUGGCCCGAACGCGCUUCUUCCCUUCCGAUUUUUCCGAGUGGUUUUGACCGCUCCGACGACUGACGCCGGCAACCCUUGGAUCCUCUGCAUCUGCUUCUUGGAGUUUUACGGUUACUUUCGUUAAACCACUUUUCUGUAUUUUGGUAGAGCUUGUUUUGCAAUAAUGUCAGUUUCCUUUCCUCUAUGCAUUAUGAAGCGUGUAAUAUUUUAUUUUAUAUAUAUCACAUAUAAACAAAAUUUUAACAAA